AGAGCCACUCCCGCUGUCUCCAUUCACACACACUGGACACACCACAGCUUCUUUACCGGGAGUGAGCAGAGCUGCUACAUUGACGCGUCCCGGCUCUCUGAAAGGGACAAAACAACUCCGACAAAAACGGAAAAGCAUCGAGGAACUUCCGUUUCACUUGAUUAAAGACGACUGGAUGUUAUCUUUCCCUUCUGGAGUGGAUUAAAAAGGAAUUUCAUUCUGCACACGAGGGGGGGAAUGUCCAAGAUGGAGGUAAAGACAUCACUUCUCGACAACAUGAUAGGGGUAGGCGACAUGGUCCUGCUUGAGCCCCUGUCAGAGGAAACCUUCAUCGGGAACCUACAGAAACGCUUUGAGCACAAUGAGAUUUAUACAUAUAUUGGUAGUGUGGUGAUUUCUAUGAACCCCUACAAGUCCCUGCCAAUCUAUACAGCCGAGAAGGUGGAAGAGUAUCGCAACAGGAACUUUUAUGAGCUCAGCCCUCACAUUUAUGCUCUGGCAGAUGAAGCAUAUCGGUCUCUUCGGGAUCAAGAUAAGGACCAGUGUAUCCUCAUUACUGGAGAAAGUGGUGCAGGAAAGACUGAGGCCAGCAAGCUGGUGAUGUCAUAUGUGGCUGCGGUGUGUGGGAAGGGCCAGGAGGUGAACAAGGUGAAAGAGCAGCUGCUGCAAUCCAAUCCUGUAUUAGAGGCUUUUGGGAAUGCCAAAACUGUGAGGAAUGACAACUCCUCUAGAUUUGGGAAGUACAUGGAUAUCGAGUUUGACUUCAAAGGGGAUCCAUUGGGUGGCGUCAUCAGUAACUAUCUUUUGGAGAAAUCUCGUGUUGUGAAGCAGCCAAGAGGAGAGAGAAAUUUCCAUGUCUUUUACCAGCUGUUAUCUGGAGCAUCAGAUGAAACACUCAAAAAACUGAAGUUGGACCGAGACAUCAGCAAAUAUAAUUAUCUAAGUCUUGAUUCUGCCACAGUCAAUGGACUUGAUGAUGCUGCAAAUUUCAGGACAGUUAGGAAUGCCAUGCAGAUUGUGGGUUUCAUGGAGGAUGAAGUGCAGUCAGUGCUGGAGCUGGUGGCUGCUGUGCUCAAGCUGGGCAAUUUAGAGUUCAAGCCUGAGUCACGUGUCAACGGCUUCGAUGAGAGCCGGGUUAAGGACAAGAAUGAUCUGAAGGAGAUGUGUGAGCUGUUGGGCAUUGAUCAGUCAGUGCUGGAACGAGCCUUCAGUUUUCGCACUGUGGAAGCUAAGAUGGAGAAAGUAUCCACAACACUCAACGUUGCUCAGGCCUAUUAUGCACGUGAUGCCCUUGCCAAAAACUUGUAUAGCCGUAUGUUCAGUUGGCUUGUGAAUCGAAUAAAUGAAAGCAUCAAGGCUCAGACCAAAACCCGGAAGAAGGUUAUGGGGGUCCUGGAUAUUUAUGGUUUUGAGAUCUUUGAGGACAACAGCUUUGAGCAGUUCAUCAUCAACUACUGCAAUGAGAAGCUUCAGCAGAUCUUCAUCGAACUCACCCUGCGUGAGGAGCAGGAGGAGUAUGUGCGUGAGGGCAUUGAAUGGACCAACAUUGAGUAUUUCAAUAAUGCCAUCAUCUGUGACCUCAUUGAAAAUAACCAGAAUGGGAUCUUGGCCAUGCUUGAUGAGGAGUGUUUGCGGCCCGGGACCGUGACAGAUGAGACCUUCUUGGACAAGCUGAACACUGUUUGUGCUGAACAUCAGCACUUUGAGAGCCGCCUGAGUAAAAACUCAAAGUUCCUCACAGACCACAGCUUGCCUCAUAGCUGUUUUCGUAUCCAGCACUAUGCUGGCAAGGUGCUGUAUCAGGUUGAGGGCUUUGUGGACAAAAACAAUGACCUGCUAUACAGAGACCUGUCACAAGCUAUGUACAAGGCCAAACACAGCUUGAUGAAAUUACUUUUCCCAGAGGGAAACCCUGCCAAAGUCAACCUGAAGAGGCCUCCUACAGCCGGAUUCCAGUUCAAAGCCUCAGUGAGCACACUCAUGAGGAACUUGCAGACCAAGAACCCUAACUACAUUAGAUGCAUCAAACCCAAUGACAAGAAGUCAGCCCAGAUCUUCACAGAGUCACUGGUAUGCCACCAAGUGCACUACCUGGGCCUGAUGGAGAAUGUGCGUGUUAGACGUGCAGGAUAUGCCUUUCGCCAAGCUUACGAACCCUGCCUGGAACGCUAUAAGAUGCUCUGCAAGCAGACCUGGCCCCGUUGGAAAGGCCCUGCCAGGGAAGGUGUGGAGGUUCUCCUGAAAAACUUGGCUGUACCUGAAGAGGAGUUCUCCUACGGGCGCUCCAAGAUCUUUAUCCGGAAUCCAAGAACCCUCUUUUUCCUGGAGGAGAAAAGAAGGCAGUGUCUGGAGGACUUGGCCACACUCAUCCAGAAGAUCUAUCGUGGCUGGAAGUGCCGCACACAUUUCCUGCUACUGAAGAAGAGCCAGGUGGUGGUGUCUGCUUGGUACCGUAGAUAUGCUCAACAAAAGAAAUACCAGAAGAUUAAGAGCUCCUCCAUAGUGGUUCAGUCUUUCAUCAGAGGAUGGAAGGCACGCAAGUUGCUGCGUGAACUGAAAUACCAGAAGAGAUGCAAAGAGGCAGUGACCACUAUUGCAGCCUAUUGGCAUGGAACACAGGCUCGCUGGGAACUGCAUCGUAUGAAGGAGGAGAUUCGGAAUAAACGCGCUGUGUCUGCCAUUUGGGCAGCCUGGCUGGGAAUGAAGGCUCGGAGAGAACUGCGGUGCUUAAAGCAUGAGGCUCGGAAUAAACACGCCGUGUCCAUCAUAUGGGCCGGCUGGCAAGGAACUAAGGCACGCAGAGAGCUAAAACGGCUGAAGGAGGAGGCCAGGCGUAAGCAUGCUGUCGCUGUCAUUUGGGCCUACUGGUUGGGACUCAAGGUCCGACGGGAAUACAGGAAGUUCUUCAGAGCGAAUGCUGGCAAGAAGAUCUAUGACUUCACCAUUCAGAGAAUUAUGCAGAAGUAUUUCCUUGGUUUGAAGAAGACAUUGCCUUCAAUGUCACCAAUUGAUAAGAGCUGGCCAUCAAGGUCUUACCUGUUCCUGGAGGGCACACAUGAGGAGCUCCGAAAGAUUUUCCAUCUAUGGAGGUGCAAGAAAUACAGAAGCCAGUUCACAGAAGAGAAGAAAGCCAUCUAUGAAGAGAAACUGGAAGCAAGUAAGAUCUUCAAAGACAAGAAGGCUCUGUACCCCAGCAGUGUGGGACAGCCUUUCAAAGGAGAUUAUCUGGAGAUUAACAAAAACCCUAAGUACCAGAAGCUAAACAGCGUGGUAGAUGAGAAGGUGCUUCUUGCAGAUGUGGUCAAUAAAAUCAACAGGGCCAAUGGCAAGGGUGCUUCCAGAAUCUUCCUCCUCACCAAGAAAAACUUUGUUCUGGCUGAUCAGAAGUCUGGUCAGUUAAAAGCCAGUGUCCCGCUUCCUGAUCUCGCCAGUGUCUCUGUUAGCACACAGAAUGAUUGCUUCUUUGCUCUCAAACUCAAAGAGGGCACUGCGUCAGCAGCCAAAGGUGACUUCUUGCUGAGCAGUGAUCGAUUAAUAGAGAUCAUCACCAAGCUCUAUCGCACAGGUUCUGCUUCAGCUGACAUGGAACCAAUCAGUGUUGACAUCUCAGAUGAAUUCCUUGUGCAGUUCAAGCAGGAUAAAGUGUGUGUCAAAUUUAUCCAAGGCGGACCCAAGAGCAGCAAUCAAGUCGCCUGCAAGCGUAAAAACAACCGGCUUCUGGAAGUGUCUGUUCCAUCCCCAUAAUGACCAGUCAUCUUCACUCCCUCUCAGGGUGCCAUUUUGUGACUCUUCACCAUCAAACCCAAACUUAAAGACGGUUACCAAAUGAUUGUACAAUUAUGAUGUUCUUGUCAUUGCCAAAUCUUAUACUUUUAAAGACUUAAUCAGUGCAUUGUUGACUCAAAUAUUCCAUACAGCAGUAUUUGGCUACAUAAGGCAUACCACAUAUUUACCUUGGGAUAGAGAUGGGAGGUGAUGCUUUCCUCACUGUCUUGGGUGGAAUACAUUUUAAAAUUCCUGUUUAAUCAAGGCAUUAAUAUUAAUGGUUGGAAUUAUGAUGCUGUAGAUGUUUGACAUCAUGCAAUGUCUGGGCAUCAUGUUCAUGUGAAGUGCUGUACACAGAUUGCAAAUGAGACUUUUGGAUAAUUUUCUGCUGAAAAAAAUCUAAACUAAGGUUGCACUUGUUUUGCUUACACAAGGGUAAGAAAAGACAUUUUGAUUGGUUUGUCUUGUCUUUCUUGUUUUUGUCCCCUACACUUUUUAAUUCUCACAGUGCACAAUCUUUUAGCUGAAUUGCCAAAGUUUUUAUAAUUUUGUAACAACUGAUCCGUUCAGAUAGACCUUAUUUCAUAAUAUAUUACCCUUGUUCUUUACAAAGCCAAAUAACUUGUGAUCUCUACAGCCUGAAGGUAAACUAAGAAAACCCAAAGGCCUUCUGAGUCUUGCAUUUGAUCAAAAUCUACCUUUUCAAAAUAGAAAAUAAUUUUGUUUACUACUUAUUUUUCAAAUGUGGAUCUUUGAUCUUGUGGAUCAACUAUAAACACUUGUUCCAUUACCAGCAUUCAAAAUGCAGUACAGCUGCUUCUAAACUCAUGCACAAACAGACAGAAAAGCAAAAAAGCAGAGUACCACCAUAUCUCCUACAAUGUGCUUGAUUGACAUUCUCAGUUGUUUGAACAGAGCAUUGUCAACCUCACUGAGGUACCUGAAAAGUACUUUUGGCUUGCUGAACUGAUUUUAAGGGAAAUAGAUUAGUUAAUCUGAUGUCUAGCUUGAGGAAAUGACUGAGAGGAAUCCAUGUACACCAGAGACUAAGCUGUGCACCCCCCCCAAAAAAGGACGUCUCAUCUGGCUUAAUUACUCAUAACUGCAUGUACACUUGCCUAUUCAUAAAUCAACAGGGAUGAUUUUCAGGAAACCCAAUUUUGUGUAUGUAAAAGGCUAAUAAUAGUAGUUGAUAUUUAUUUAGUUAUUUCUUUUUUUCUUGCUUAUUUUUUCACAUUCUCACCAUUUGAAGAUGGGUGGUUUUACUUUAUUUUUUUAGCUGGCAAAUUGUAUAUGCAGUGAUUUACUUGGGACUAAUCCAGAUGUUUUUGAGUGAAAAGCACUAUACAUUGAAUUAUUUCAAAUGUCUGAAUGCUAACACAGUAUGAUCUACACCAGCAAAACACAGGUAAACUAUAUGUUCAGUUUAAGAUUUAGUCACUGAUCAGGAAAGUGGGUGCUUUGCUUUUAAAUAUACUUAAUAUAAUAUUUCCUCUUUAUUCUUCAGUGUACAUUUUGUGUUGUUAAAUUUAUGAAGGUCUUGGCAGACAUUUUUGAAGACACAGCCCCUGGGAGAAGGUUCAACAUUUGCUUCUGCAGGUGUUUAAUGAUUUUCAAGCUUUUAAGAUGAUUAUGUAAUUUUACACUAAACAAUAGUCAAGACGAAUAGAUUAUUGUUCCCUUUUCAUGAGGGAUGCAUGGGGAAAUUGUGCAAAUUUACUUGUGUUCUUUGAUUGUGUACAGUUUCAGUCUUCAAUGCAGUAUACUAUAGUUAAUCUCUUUUGUGUCAGGAAGUUCAAGAGAAAAGAACUUUGUAUGUUUUCAAUGUCUAAAUGUAACCUGGUGUAUCAAGAAAACAUUGAUGUGUUUCUAUAAUGAUUACAUGCAACAAAGUAAAAGCAGUCUUUCUUUGCUUUUUUUUAAAUUAAAGCAACAACAAAUAAAUAAGUUAGGCAAAUCAA